CUUACCUCCCUUGCUUUGUUUACAUGCGUGCUGGACCUCUGCUUCCGAAACAUCACCAUACAUCAGGCUAACGUUUUUCGAAGUUUAAAUACGAGACACUACAGAAUUACGUUGAAACAAAAUACGUUAUUAUAAAGGAUGUCUUCAAAGUAUAACAACUUCCAGUCUCAGUCGUCAAUUGACGAAAAGAAGGAAGAAAACAGGAAAGCAAGGCAACUUAUUCUAGAGCAGGCAAAGAGAAAACAUGACAGAGAAGAGGCAAAGAAUGAGAAGGCUCGCAAGUUGGGAGAAGGAACAUGGAUGCUUGAUUCUGUCUCUCAAAGGAUUGCAAAAGAAGAGAAGGAUAUAGAGAAGCGCAGUAAAAAAAAGCACAAGAAGGAGAAAAAGAAGAAAAAAAAGAAGAAGAAGAAAAGGAGCAGCAGCAGUAGCAGCAGCUCAACUGAGGACGAAGGGGAUGAUUGGGUUGAAGCAAAGACUUCCAGUGAAAAAAAAGACACAGAGGAGAUGGCGAUCAAAGGUCCACAACUACAGAGGGAAAGCUGGAUGGAAGCACCACUGGAUUUCAUGCCCCUGACUUCCAGGAAGGAAAUUCGAGAAGCAAUGGAAAAGGAGAAAAAAGCUGCCAGGGAAGAAAGUGAGAAAAUGUUUCAACCUGGUCAACAUACAAGGGAGUUGAACCCGUACUGGAAAAAUGGUGGCACUGGAUUGCCAGAGGAGGCUCCCUCGAAAAGCUCCACUGCUGUCGUUUCACAAGGGUCUGUGGCUGGUGAUGGAGGGUUGUCAUGGUUACGCACUGCUUACAAACGCUUCAAACAGCAGGCAGAGGAUGAGGGAAGAAGCCUUGAGGAAGUAGUUGCUGAAAGAUACGGUUCUCUGAGGAAACUUGAGAACAUGCUACAAGAGGCAGAGCAAAAGCAGAGGACAGGUGGAGGACAGAGAUUUCAUCAAGGCACUGAUGCUUGGAGGAGGUCAGUCAACGACAGGGACAGGAGUCGAAGACGCAGUAGGAGUCCAGAGGAGAGUGAUAGAAGAGGGGGCAGAGGGAGGUCUAGGGAGAUAAGUGGUGAUAGAAUGGACAGAAGAGAUACAAGUAUGGGUAGAAGAGACCGAAAUGAGGACAUGAGUUAUAAAAGAAGUUUUCAGAGGCCUUCGGGUUCAGAUGAUAAUGAAGAUUCCAGAGAGGAAAGUCGUGAUAGGGGAGACAGAAAGGAUAGAGGUAUGAGAAGGGAAGACCGGUAUGAUGAAAAAAGUAACAGAAGAACUUUCCAGAAACCGUCCGAUUCAGAUGAGGAAAGUUCUAGAGCAGAGAGAAAAAACAGAAGUGCAAGGAGGGAAGAUCAGUAUGAGGAAAGAAGUAACAGGAAAACUUUUCAGAGGCCGUUAGGUUCUGAUGAAGAAAGUUCUGAAGAAAGGACCUCGAAGUACAGAAAAGAUUCAAAUAGUAAGGAAGGCAGACCUCGGGGUUUCAUGAGGCCUGGUGAUGCUGAGUUUUCAAGAUCAUAUGACAGAGACAGAGACAGACCAAGAUCUAGAGAGUCGCAAGUAGUUUCUCGAUGGAAAAAGAAACAGCCGUCUCCUGAUGUCUCCUCAAAGUCGAAAGAAGACAAAGAGGGUCUUGAGAACUCUGAGAAAAGAGGAAAAAGUGAGAAAAAAAGAAAACAUUCUGAAGGCAGCAGUGACUCAAGCAGUGAGAGCAGUGAGUCUGACGAAGAGGUGCCAAAAGCUGAGACCUCUCAACCUCCUCCGAAAAUAAUGACCGAAGAAGAGCUCAACGAUUUAGCAGCCAAGAUUUUGCGAGCUGAAAUUAUGGGUGAUGAUGACAUGAAAGCAGAUCUAGAGGCCAAGCUGAAGUCGGCCAGAGAAGCAAGAGACGCUGCGAAAUCGGGAGAGUCCUCACUUCCAGAUUUUUCUUGUCGCAAACAGUCCCAACCCAGAGACAGAGGGGGUGACAGGGAUCAUAACGAAGAAGAUAAUGUUGUUGUGCUAUCCAGAAGAGGAAGGGGAGAUAUGCUUCGGCCUGUGGUUGGAGAAACGAAAGAUGGAUGGGACAGAGGAGGAAGAAAAGGAAGGAAGAAAAAUGUUACCACUCAUGACAGUAAAGGGGAAAGAACUCAGUAUUUUGAUAAUGAUGACAGAUUGGAUCUCAAAACUCUGGUUGAACAAGAAAAAACUGGCACAGCAGAAGAUCAGAAUGCCAUGUUUGCCCGUUUGGCUGGAAGGUCCACUGACAGGGACCUGGAUGUGGAUGAUAUGUUUGUGGAUAAGGCAGCCCGGAAACAGAAUGAGGACAACAUAUUCAACAAAGACAGAUCAGCCGCCAUAUAUGAGCAUAAAAAGAUCAGUGCAGCAAUGGAAAAGUGUCACAGAUGUUUUGACAAGGUUCCGAAACAUUUGAUCAUUGCUAUUGGCAGUAAGAGCUACCUGUGCCUGCCCCAACAUCGCUCCCUGACAGAAGGACAUUGUCUCAUUGUUCCCAUGCAGCACGUCUCUGCUGGCACAGCUCUUGACGAAGACAUCUGGCAGGAAAUGCAGCUUUUCCGCAAGAGUCUGGUCCAGAUGUUUGCUGCUCAAGACCAGGAUGUUGUCAUCAUGGAAACUGUGAUGCAUAUCAAGCACUUCCCACACACAGCGUUAGAGUGUGUGCCCCUGGAGAGAGAAGUGGGGGACCUGUCCCCUAUCUACUUCAAAAAAGCUAUUCAGGAAGUGGGACCUGAGUGGGCUGACAACAAGAAGCUGAUAGACCUGAGCAAGAAAGAUGUCAGACGUGCGAUUCCGAAGGGCUUCCCUUACUUUGCUGUGGACUUUGGCCUCCAGGGAGGUUUUGCUACUGUCAUUGAAGAUGAGGCGACUUUCCCAGCAUACUUUGGAAGGGAAAUUGUCGGAGGAAUGAUAGAUGCUGAGCCAACAUUAUGGCGGAAACCACAUAAAGAGAACUUUGAAAGCCAAAGGAACAAAGUUCUUCAGUUUGAGCAGUGGUGGAAACCGUAUGACUGGACUCAAAAUGUCUGAAUGGUUUUACUUGCUGGAAAAAGAUGCUUGGAAGGGAGAGAAAUUCAAACCACAGGCUUUGUUUCCUCAGUCAUGUAUACGAAAUUUAGCUCAUACUCAUAACACUCUUGGUUUGAGUCUUGAAGUUUACAGAACGUAUCCUGUGUGGAGAGAAAGAAUGUAAAAAACAUUGUUGAGAAAAUUUGAUCAGGUUUUGUCUUUAAAAAAAAGUGUGCAUAAGAGUAUGAGUGUUUGCAUAUAUGUGUAGAAGUUGGAGUGUGUAUAUAUAUAAUAUGUGUAUUUGCAUGUGUUCGUUUGAGUGAGAGAAAGAGAGAGAGAGAGAGAGAGAGAGAGAGAGAGAGAGAGAGAGAGAGAGACUUUGUAUUUGAAAAUGUAGUGUUGUUGGAAAUUAGCCCUAUUCGAUUUCAGUUCAUGCCCAUCCUUAAGUGGCUUCCACUACAACAUACAGUUGUCAAACAAAUCAAGCCUUCUAUCAACUGUGAAAUGAUAUGCCAUAUUUCCCCAAGAUUUACAUAUGCCAGAAGUAAUUAAUUGGUCAACGAUAUAAUAUAUUAUGAAUUUUCACAUUGCUUCUUUGUAUUCAGAGUUACAAUGGAGUCCGCUUAAAUGGAACACGACUAAUCUGAAAACAGCGGUGAAGUGAAAGAAAAUACAAUCCCAGAUUUUUUUUCUAUUUGAGCUGUAUAUUUCUAAACUGAAAACCCGGUUGAACCAAAUAAAAUCCACUGGUUGCACUGAUUUAGGUUUAAGUAGAUUCCUUUGUAUACAUUAUAUAUUUUCUAUCCAAAUAUGGAAUUAUUAGUAUGUUUGCUGUGUCUUGUUCUGCUAAUCACGGUGGUAUAUCUUUAUUAAAAAAAAAGUGGAUUAUUUUAUUUUUUAUUCCCUAGCAGCUGUAGGUGCCCUACAGUUUUAUUGUGUCUUAUCUCCAAGUUAAUGGCAGUCAGCGAGUAGGGGAGGGAGGUGGAUGUGGUCUCCACAACAGAAAAAAUUUUCUUGUGUUGUUGGAGUAAAUGUGUAAUAGGUUUUGUACAUCUGAUGAAUUGAUUUGUAAGAAGUAAUACUUUUAUAUUAUAUUUACUUUAAAUGCAGUGUAUGAGAUUUGAUUGUGUUAUUGUAUGACGAGACAAAUAAAAAGAACACAGUUGUUA